AUACUACCGCUGAUCAAAGUUGAGGAUAAAGCCAAAUAUACCGCAAAACUGCAAUGGUUUGCUAUUAAGAAGGGUACUCGUGAUGGAGGUGAAUUGUUAGCCGCUGCUGAGUUGAUUUUGUUGGAUGGUCGUGAUCCACCUGCCCCACCCAGACGUCGUGGGGACUUGUACGCCGUUCCGGAUACCGUGCGCCCAGUACUUCGACGCAAAGGAAUUGAAAUUCUCUGUUGGGGUGUUCGAAAUAUGGCUAAAUACCAGUUGGCCAGUGUGAAUUCGCCGUCAGUCGAAUUCGAAAUUAACGGUGUGGUGCGUGAGUCAAGCAUUAUCAAGAAUGCCAAACAUCAUCCAAACUUCAAAGACCCAAUCCUGUUCUUGGAUGUGAUGCUUCCGGAGGAACCAGCCUACAUGCCCCCGAUGAACAUUGCAGUGCGCGAUCAUCGUGCAUUCGGUCAGAAACCCAAGGUUGGAAUGCACGUAUUGAAAGAUUUGACCCCAUUCCAAAUGGAGCCACGGACCACCAAACAUGAUCCCAUAUUGAGUAUUCCAUCACUCACUGAGCCAAUGUCUCUCGCCGCAGGGAGCGAACCAGCUCCACCGCCAGCUGAAGACCCGAAGAAGCCGUCGAAAGAUGCCACACUUACGAAAAAGAAAAAGAAGUUCCUGGAUCUCGAACAGAUCGAUGACGAUGUGGAUUGGUGGUCCAAAUUGUAUGCUUCCCUGGGCGAAUGGGAUCGUUGUUUGAGAUACAACGAACUGGGUUAUGAUAAACUCAAGGUAAGUGGAUUUUUUGACUUACCUAUCCUGCCCUGGUCUAUGGUGAUUUCAACCGAUAUACAAUCCAGUGGUAAAGUUAUUCUUAAAUUUCAAAGAUAUGAGAUUUUCCAUCAACUAAUUCCCUGA